AAAAAAAAAAAAAAAAAAGAAGAAAGAAAAUGUAUGUAACAAGACCACGUUCGAUCUACCGCAAAUUUCCCGGCACACUUUCAAUUCAGACACAGCCGGAAGUUCCGUAUUCGGGACAUUUAGUAGUUGCGGAUGGUGACUCAGAGUCUAUGGAUUCCUUUUGCUGUGGAAUGUGGAGAAGUGACAAAAUCAAGAGACUCCCUUUCCCUUCUGACAGAAUCUUGCAAGUGGUUCACUCCUCAUUAAUGCACGAGCAAGCAACCGUCACCAACGUGUGGUUCGUGCCGGUUCUUGACCGACCCCUCUCGGUCAACCGGUACUAUAUUGUCAAAGCAAGAGGAAGGCAUAAAGGGCAAGCGUACGCGUGUUCAAGAGAGGGAGACGAGGGAAUGUGUUGCUUCAACUCUCGACAAACGGAUACGAAAAUUAGGCAAUUCGAUCACAGAGACAGAUACCAACAGUUCGAAAUCCGACCUUACCCCGGAGGUGGGUUUUUCGCUAGAUCAAUUGAAUGGGAUGGUUAUCCUCCGAGUUUCUUGAGAAGAGACGGGUGGGAAGUCUAUAUUGCUCCAUCGUCAAAACUCUAUCUUCGUGAAUCUCCGGGCCUUAUAAGUAAUUCAAUCCCGAUGGAGUUCUAUUGUCCCGAGCUAAGCUCCCCACUGCACUCCAAACGCUCCACGCCAGUCGUGCUCGGAAGAUGGUAUUGUCCUUUUGUGUUCGUGAAGGAGGAGAAGCUAACGACGAGAGAACAAAUGAAGGAAUCCAUGGUGUACGAAUUGUGGCUCGAGAGGUGGUGGGAAGAAGUACACUAUGUACAAAAUGAAGAUAUGAAUAGUCGAAGGACUAAUAUCGUGGUUGUUGAUGCAAGGGUGAAAAGGUUGACGUGCUCGGUUUAUGGGAUGGAUGGUGAGAGGGAAGGUAGGCGUGAUGUUGAUGGGUUCGUGUGGUUUAAGAGUAGAGAAUAUUGUGCGAAGAGAGUAUUGUCCGUGGGUUUGAGUGGUGCAUUGUUGGAGAAGAUGAGUCGGAUGAAGGAGAAGAGGGGUUGGUUUGAUGGGGAGAGGGUCGUGAGAGUUUGUGGUGAUCGGGAGGUCGGGGGAGAUGUUGUUGGGUGGAGGAAAUUCGGGUGCUAUGUUUUGGUUGAGAGCUUUUUGUUGAAAAGGAUGGAUGGGAGCUUGGUGAUUAGUUUUGGGUUUAGGAAUGUGGAGAAAAUUGAGUGCAAAUGGGAGUGAGGUGUGUAGAAGUUGAAUGGUAGAUCAGAUGAUGGAUUUGUGUUUGCUUUUAUGUUCUGUUUCUAGGUGUGAAUAUGAUGACCAAGUGAUGGAUUGAUGGGCUUUUACCAGAUGUAUAGCCAUGAAUAUUAGCUAACAUGAGAUGAAUUGUCCUUAUUUGUCAUGUUUUGAAGCUAUUUGUUCUGCUAGAUUUUCUGGGUAAACUAAUAUCACUGAUGUCUGAGCUUUUGGUUCAUAUUCUUUUCUGAUUCCUAUCUUUCUUAGUAUUUU